AUGGACUAGCAUUUUCGCACGUUCAGGAAAUGCCGGCGAAGGAAUCAACAGCGGCCAGUUUUGUAUACAAAUUUUCUGCUACGGUGCUUUGUCCAUUCUAUUGCUGCCUGCCUGAGGAACUCGAUGAUGAUCACCAGUCUUACAUUAGAUGGCAUCCCUUUGACGAUCAACUAUCUAAGGAUCCUCAAUGAUGGUUUGACAAAUAAUCGAAAUCUGCGAAGUUUGUCGUUUGCCAGAUGUCAAAUAGGUGAUACAGGAUGCUACAUAUUGUUAGAAAGUUUGCAACAUAAUUUAAAUCUCCAUACUCUGAAUUUAUCGUCAUGUUGCCUUACUAAUAAAAGUGCUAUGUACUUGUCACUGUUCUUAAGAAAAAGAAAAACAGAUUUGUUGCAUAAUGUGAGAAAGGAAGUAACAUUAUCUCGAGAAAAUAUUUGUACAACGGUGACGAAAGGACUACGAGUAUUGAUACUCGACAAAAAUUAUAAAUUUAGCGACAUUGGCUUGCGACAAUUGACACCUAUGCUGAAAAAUGAUUUCUGGUUGCGAACAUUAUGUUUGCGAUAUUGUGGUAUUACUCAACUUGGAGGAAAAAUUGUAUUGGAGCUCUUGCAAAUGAACACAGUGCUUACACAAAUUGAUCUCAGAAAUAAUGAAGUAUCCAGCGAUGUAUUGCAAAAUAUUCGCAAAAUUCUAAAGAGAAGAAAAAGCAAAUGGGAAAAAAUAUUAAUGAACAGAAGAUUAUCAAAUUGCGAGCAUGUUUCUAUGCAACGUUUGAUUUCAAAAACUGCAAUAUCUCAAUGUUCAUUAAAAGACAACAGCGCUUCUAGAAAUCAGAAUCAUCAAUCGAAAAUGCAACAAGAUUGUAUUUUACAAACAUCACGUUCAAUACAUGCACAAAAAACGAGAAGAAAAAAUAAUGGAAACCGCAAAUUGCAAAAUAUAAAUAAAAAAAGUCAUGUCAAAUGGAACAACGCAGAUAAAUUAAAGAAACAUUUAUCUUUUAUGAUUGAGCACAAUCAAAAUUUAAUAACAAUCUUAGAGAAUAAAACUGACUAUCUAAUGAUGGAAAAAAAUUACCGUUUGAAAUAUGAAAAAGCGUAUCAUAAAAUCCAACCCCAACUCAGAAAUCUUAAGAACAAAAUUGGUAUACAAAAUUAUAUUUAUUCAAAUACGUGUUAUGAGAAUCAAGUAUAUGCAAAUAUACAAAAUGCAUUUAAUGAAUUGAAAAUAGCUAUCAAGAGAAAAGUAUAGUAAAUAAAGAUAAAUAAACAAAAAAAUCCUGAAGAACAAAAU